AUGAAGGCACUUGUAUUUGCUCUCCUCUGGCUGUUGCCUUCACAAGCGGCUUCCCAGAGCACUCAGACUGAAGUACUGCCUCCGUGGCAGACGGGUGAGGUUACUCCCGAUGGAACCUGUGCAGGGGCAGAUGCCUUCGUUUGCAGUCCUACGUGGGGGGCAUGUUGCUCUGAGGACGGGCUUUGUGGCCGAUCGAACGCUUUUUGUGGCGAUGGCUGUCAAUCUGGCUUCGGCAACUGUAACGUUGCCACUGCACCUGCCCCAGGACCAGGCUCGCCGUCCAAUGACGGGUCCUGUGGUGGCACAAACCAGUUCACAUGUAAUGGAACAACAUUUGGGGCUUGCUGCUCGGCCAAUGGAUUCUGUGGUAACACGGCGGCUCAUUGCGCCAUAGGCGGGGGUUGCCAGAGCCUUUUCGGCACUUGCUCUGCGGCGAAUAAUAUUACUUCAGAUGGAUCAUGUGGCUCCAACGGCAAGAUAUGUCUUGAGUCAGGGUUCGGCAAUUGCUGCUCAUCCAAUGGCUUCUGUGGCGACUCGACGACUCAUUGUGGACCGGGUUGCCAAGUGAGCUUUGGAAACUGCACUUCUGCUGAUAAUCAAGUUUUGGAGAUUGCUGUUCAUCAAACGGUUUCUGUGGUGCAACUUCAGGCCACUGCGACGCGGGCUGCCAAGCGACCUUUGGGGUUUGUAAUGUUGGAGUGGGAAAUGUGUCAACUGACGAUGCUUGCGGGAAGAAUGGCAAGACGUGUAAAGGCUCAACUUUCGGAAAUUGUUGCUCAACUAGUGGGUUCUGUGGCAAAACGACAGAUCACUGCGGUGCAGGCUGCCAAACUUCUUUUGGGACUUGCGACACUGGAGCAGGAGAUGUGUCAACUGAUGGUGCGCUACUGUGGCUCCACGGCUACUCACUGUGGCGUAGGCUGCCAGAAACCAUCCUCGAGCGCCUGUCUCACGACAAAUAUACCCUCUGUCGACGGGACGUGCGGUGCUAGUAAGGGAGGCCUCACGUGUGCUGGUGGGGCCUUCAAUAAUCAGUGCUGUAGCUCGGGUGGCUUUUGUGGUACUACAACUGCUCAUUGUGCUUCUGGAUGUCAGAAGGGCUAUGGACGGUCUGCUAAGAGAUACGCGGCUCGGCUCGGCAGUGGCACACUAAGGUCUUAG